AAUUCAUCGCCGCUGCUUGGCAGUGUUGGGAGCCGACGGUCUCCGGAUGUGGAUGAUCACACCAGUCCAGCUGGAGGUGGCGGAUGUCAUGGCGGUGGAGCUGCCGGAAGUGGACCUGCCAGCCGUGGAGAUGGUGGCGGAGGUGUUGGUGGUGGAGGAGGAGCCGGUGGGGGUGCUGGUAGUGGCGGCGGUGGUGGUGGUGGCGGUGGAGGCACCGGUGGUCGCGGUCGGUCCUGUGACAACAACUGUGGUGGUGGAGGUGGUGGGAGAACAGCUUCAGCGGGCAAUGCGCAAUCCGCCGNCCAGCAUUUGGGCCGCCAUUCAGCCAACUCUCAACAUCAGCUGCACCAGCAGGCGCAUCUGAGCCACCAUUCCCAUCAAACGGGACCGCAACACCUAUCACAAUCUACUACGCCCCUAUCCCGUAGUCACGGCAACGCUAGUCAGGAUGUGAAUAGCGAAGCUGGGGAUGGUGUAGACAAUUCUGUAGAUUCCAGCGAAAAUGUUGAUGAUUUUGACCUAGAAGAAAAGGCUGCAAAACGCCAAAAGAAGCGGGGCAUAUUUCCCAAAGCCGCUACCAACAUCAUGCGCGCGUGGCUUUUCCAGCAUCUCUCGGUUAGUCUCCCUUCUCUUUAA